CAACUGGAGGUGGUUGCCUCUGCCAAGAGGUUAAGACUUGGCUGUAGAAUAGAUGGAUCAUUUAACUGAGAUACUGAGCCAAAAUGUGCAUCCAAACAUAUAGAGAUACCGUGUGAGCAGGUGUGCGUGUGUGCGCGCGCACUGCACGCGCGCGCAGAGCGUCAGUCGGCGGCGGCACUCCCGGACCGAGCAUCAUCAUCAUCAUCACCUUCACCAGCCGCGCGCUUCAAUCCAUCACGGAAAUGUGACUGAAUUUCGAUCCCUGAGACAAAAUACAAAGCUUCCGGUUUAUUUCUAUAUUGUUAUCAGCUACGACUAUCAGGGCCCCGGUGUGAAAGGGAGAGGAGGGUUAAACCGGAAGCGCGAUUAUGAGAAAAGGGAGCGGGUUGUUUGCGUCGCGCGCGGAGAUGAGGCGGGGGGCGGCGGUGGUGGUGGUGAGGUGAGGUGCUCCGGAAUCGUUGCUGCUCUCUGGCCGAGCGUCGUUGUGUUUUAACGGACCCCCCCUCCACCCCCUCUCCAUCCUCUUCAUCCUCCUCAUCAUCAUCAUCAGCCUCCCCCCUCCAUACCUCCCCACCACCACCACCACCACCAUUUUGCGUUUCAGUACACCGGCUUUUUCAGAUGCGGCUGCUUUGAGAAGGUAACUGACGGAUCUGUGCGCGGUGCCAUGACGGGCUGCUCUCCGGUGGGCUCCACUCGGGCCGGUUAGCGGCCUGCACCGCGGCCCCGGUGUCGGAGCGGGACAGCGCGCGCAUCUCUAAUCGCUUAAAAUCUCAGGGAUUAAAAAUAAAUAAAUAAACAACAGAGAAAACAAUUAACAAAAAAAAAAAGAAGAAGAAGAAGAAGCGAAAUGUCCUCUCGGUCUGCUUUGCCGUCUGCCACCGACCGGAGCUCGGAUCACCAUGCGUCUCUGGCGGCGAGCCGUUCGGAGAAGGGCACUAGCGUGUCGAGUCGUUCCCUCGGCGCGCGCUGCCGCAACUCCGUGCCCUCGUGCCCGGAUGAACCCCACAUCGGCAACUACCGGCUCCUCAAAACCAUCGGCAAGGGCAACUUCGCUAAAGUGAAACUGGCUCGCCACGUCCUCACCGGCCGAGAGGUUGCAAUAAAGAUAAUCGACAAAACUCAGCUGAACCCAACCAGCCUGCAAAAGCUAUUUCGUGAGGUGCGGAUCAUGAAGGCUCUUCGUCACCCCAACAUAGUGCAACUGUUUGAGGUGAUCGAGACAGAAAAAACGCUUUAUCUAGUCAUGGAGUACGCUAGCGGAGGCGAGGUGUUUGACUACCUGGUGUCUCAUGGGAGAAUGAAGGAGGUCGAGGCGAGAGCCAAAUUCAGACAGAUCGUCUCGGCUGUUCAUUACUGUCACCAGAAGAACAUCGUUCACAGGGACCUGAAGGCGGAGAACCUGCUGCUGGACGCCGACUCCAACAUAAAGAUAGCGGAUUUCGGCUUCAGUAACGAGUUCACGUUGGGGAACAAGCUGGACACGUUCUGCGGCAGCCCGCCCUACGCCGCGCCCGAGCUCUUCCAGGGCAAGAAAUACGACGGGCCCGAGGUGGACAUUUGGAGUCUGGGGGUCAUCCUGUACACGCUGGUUAGCGGCUCGUUGCCCUUCGACGGACAGAACCUCAAGGAGCUGCGUGAGCGUGUGCUCCGAGGGAAGUAUCGAGUGCCCUUUUACAUGUCCACUGACUGUGAGGGGAUUCUGCGCAGGUUUCUCGUGCUCAACCCCAGCAAGCGCUGCACACUGGAGCAAGUGAUGAAGGACAAGUGGAUGAACACAGGGUACGAAGGCGAUGAUCUGAAGCCUCACGUGGAGCCGGCGGAGGACUAUAGUGACCCGAGCCGCAUUGAGGUGAUGGUUGGGAUGGGUUUCACCACAGACAACAUCAAAGACGCGUUACUCAAUCAGAAAUAUAACGAAGUCACCGCGACGUACCUUCUGCUGGGCCUGAAGACCGAGGUUAAACAACCAGACGCUCACGAUGGGGCGGAGUCACGCGUGAGUGGCAGCAUGACGUUGCCGAGAGUGAGGCCGAGCCCCGUCGCCAAUGGAACCAACAAACACUCGUCCACCGCCGCCGCCGCCACAGCCGCUGCCGCUUCUUCGUCCUCCUCUUCGUCCUCUCACAGCAAGACGCAGCGCAGCGCCUCCACCUACCACCGCCAGCGACGGCACAGCGACUUCUGUGGUCCGAGCAUGCCGGUGAUGCACCCUAAGCGCAGUCCGACGGGCGGGGCCGACCGCGAGCUGCGCGAGAGCCGCAUGCCCCCGCGCAAGGCCAGCUGCAGCGUGAUGGGCAGCCGCAGCCUCCCGCCCUCCAGCCCCAUGGUCAGCACGGCCAACAACCCAAACAAAGCCGAGAUCCCUGAGCGGCGGAAAGACAUAACCGCCACCACCAAUAACAUCCCAGGCAGUACGAUGGCACGCAGGAACACAUACGUGUGUACAGAUCGGCCCAGCACGGACCGGCAGUCUCUACUGCAGAACGGCAAGGAGAACAGCUCUCUCUCCCACCGUCUCCCCCCCGCCUCUCCCUCCACUCUCAGUAUUUCCGGAGCGGGCGCGUCGUCCUCCUCGUCUACGGCGGAUCGGUGUAGGCUGACGCGAGGCUCCACCAUACGCAGCACGUUCCAUGGCGGGCAGAUUCGAGAGCGCGUGCCUUCCGCCUACGGGCCGCCGCCCACCUCGCCCACGCUCAGCCACGACACCACGCUGCCGGCGCACGGCCGCUCCCGCGCCACGGCCAACCUGUUCAGCAAGAUCACCUCCAAACUCACACGCAGGGUCGCAAAUGAAUCUGAGAGAGUCAGCCGAUCUUCGCUCUCAGGUUGCCAUCUAUUUGGGAAUCAGAAAGAGGCCGAGCCCUGGCUCGGGGGAGGGGGCUGGGAUGUGAGGCCCCGCCCCCCACGCGCUCCCGCCGAGUUGGUACUGGCCGUGCGUGAUGCAGCAAGGGGGUGCAGCUGCAGCCACGAGCCGCCGGGGUCAAAGGUCACGUUCCAGGGGGAGGUGUGUCAGCUGAGCGUGCACCACGCACGCCUCUGGGAGGCUCCGCUAGCAUUCACUCACAUCGCAUCUCGGAUCUACAAAGGGGUGGAGCUCUGAGCGGAUGGGGGAGGGGCCUGGACCGGCGGCACGUCUUUCUUCCUCCAUCCUGAACCGACUUAGCUCCGCCCACUUCCGGCUGCAAAAACUGGAAACCGCCCUCCCCACGCCCACGCCCUCCCCCCACCCCCUCCGGCUGAUACGCACAUCCAGAGACACGCAGAUGUGCAAAAACAGUGCAAAUGUACACACACACACACACACACACACACACCUCCUCUAAGCAACCUCAUCCACGGGACCUGGAUUGAUUCCAGAGUAGUAUUUUUAAAUCUCGUUCCACUCAUGAAACACUUCGAUUCUAUUCUCAGCGUCAUUCUGCUUCCUCGUUUGUUCUCGAGCUGUAUUUCGUUUGUACGUUUCGUUGCCCGGGCACUUUUCAUCUCAUCCCUUAUUUUGGUUCCUCCGCCCACGAAAGCUUUCUACCAAAAAACAAAAAACAAAACCCAUUUCUGAUUAAACAUUUAUUCGACAUCUGCCCUAAGACUGACCAGGAUCACAAACUUUCACACACGAGCGGCAGGCGUGUUGCGAGCGCAUUCCUUUACUUCAACCGAUCACAGAUUGAUACUCCGAGUUCCGCUGGAUAAGUCAAAGGAACCUCCACCCUGAAAUACGAUAUACUGAAAUAUUUCUGAUGUGCUUAGCGUUUCUGGUGCUAAUUUGUUACAUAGUGCGGUUCUAAUCGUUUCAUUUGGUAGGAGAAAACAAUUUUACUAAAUUUUCCAACAAUGUAAAACGCCAUAUUAAUGAUAAUAAUAUUAACCUCGCUGGCUGAUGUUAUACACAACGUUACACAAACGCAACGUUUUGAAAAACGUUAACAAAUUACCGAAGGAAAUAUUCAAACCUGAUCAAUGUCGAUGUUGCAAUGACGUUAAAAGACAAACGUACAACUGUAAAGCCUUUCCACUGCUCAAACAGUAUGUGAUUGGUUGAUUACCCCCCCCCCCCCCUUUUUUUCUUUUUUCCAGAACAUCUCAUGGAAUAUCAAUUCAUUGAGAAUUCCCUCUCCGGUUUCAUUGCCUUUGCAGUGGCGGUGGAUCGGGUUGUGUCAUCGGUUCUUUGCUGAACAGACGUGCCUAGAAGGAAGGUGCGCUUGGUUCUAGAAAUUCGACUCAAUCUGAUUGCUUACUUAAGGGGUAUUUCCACUGGAAUCUUUUCUCCUGAAUUAGAUCUCUAGGGUUCCUGGACACAUUCCUGUCCUACGUAACGUCCGCGCUACAGGAACCGUCAUCGAUGUGGAAAUUUCCGGAGUGGUGUGGUGUGGUGCGGUGCGAUGGCUGUUAAAGCAGGUUGUUGCAGGAAUACGAUGUUACCCUUAAUGCAGCUUUUAAAUGAAGAAUUUCACAUGCACAGUGGCAAAAGGGACCGGAGACCAUUCGUUUUCGAUAAGAGGUGUCAACUUCCAGUGACGUGAGCGACGGCGGUCGUUGGCGACUAGAUUGGGGCGUGUCCAGAGACGCUACAAUGUUGAGAAAAGUUUCACUUUAUGCAAAUUUGGAGCGACGUGGUGCAGCGACUACCAAAGGCAGUGCCGUGCCGUGCGAGUCCGAAUAGUUUCAUGGACCCGGACAGUCGGCAGGUAGAUGAACAAAGAGCGCUUCUCCAUCUCGUAGGAUUUGAUGCACGUAUACACUGGUGAAUCUUAUAUACAAAUGCUCUCCCUACAGAAGUUCAUUUUAACGGCAGGAAAGCUGGUUUGUUUGUCAAAAGUGGAAUGGUAGUUAAUGUUGGAAUGAUGAUAAAUGUUACUAUGGCGACCAGUAGUAGAAACUCCUACUGGCGACUUCAUAGUAUUUGUGAGCGUACCUUGAUUCAGUAAGCCCCGCCCCAAAAGUGGCUACUCUAGAACAGGAACUGAAAAGGCAAGAGAUCUAUCUGGCCCUAAAUGCCCCUAAAGUUCCCUGAUACACUUACUGUCUUCAUGAAAAGGUUCCUGUGGGGUAAACCUGCCAAUACAAAGAAGGAAGAAGUGCUAUCCUUCAAUGAUGAACGUUCUUGUUGUUGUCAGUGGAUCAGAGUGUAGCAUUAAAAUGGGAACGCCCCGUUUUUCCCAGCACUACAUGGUUCCCUCUGCGCCAACAAGCCAAACUCAACCCAACCAAAGUCCAGCAUCAGGUUCAGAAUUCCACGCAACAACCCGAAGAAGAGCCAGAACCAAAUAGACCCUGCCCAUUUGAGGAAGUAGACCAUAAUUCAGAUAAAUACCUCUUGUUUUCUUGUAGCAAAUCAAACACAGAACGAAAAUGACGAGUCAGGAUACACUCGCCUCGUUUCCUUACAAAUGGUGCUCAUGAGUUGAACCCUUAACACAGCCUGAGAAACCUGCCGCCUCCGCAGCUCUAACGGUUAAAGGAGCAGUUUGUAGUUUUCAGCGUCGUCUCCUACCUGUAAGGUGAACUGCAUUUGCAAUGAAAGCCUUGACAAGCCUAUCUUUCCCUUCAACCAGCCCCACCGGGUUAUGCUUCAAGCUGAGCUUCGGUUUGGAGUGGAGCCUAUUUCUGGGCCAGAAAAACAACCAGCCCUAAACAUUAACAAGUAAUCUAGUGAGAUUAGUCGCAUGGCAACAUUGCAGAAUGCAGUGAUUCUAAGGUUGAAAUGACCUUAGUGUGUUCUAGAAAAAAAUUACAAACUGCACCUUUAAUCCAAACCGUGUGCCAUAUGUAAGCUUUUCCGUCGGCCACGAUCAAUCGACUCAUUCUUUCCAUCCUUCCGGUUUUUUGUUUGUUUGUUUGUUUUUCACAUCUGCGUUCUGGAACAUUGCAUUCGAUGUGAGAGCAAGAAAAAAAUGGAGAGAGAGAAAACAAACAGAACAAAAAAACACCCAUUCUCGCUCCCUGAAACUCCUCGGGUCAUCGUCCUGUCCGCUCCGUGAUUGGACUCCUGUAGCGGAGACGCUUUUGGUGUCGAAACCCCAAGUGGUGUGCGAAGAAGCCUUCGGUCUAGUCGGAUCCGGACAGCCCGGGGUCGUUAUCUGUUAAAUGUGUGUGUUUAGACCUCCCUGCACUCACUCGCUCACUCACUCACUCACUCGCUUUGACUUGAAUCAGCUGCAUCCUACGGUCCUGCCACCAGGGGGCACUACUGUCUUAAAUGUGAACACUUCAAUUUGUGGAUAUUUGCACAGGUACUUACUUAAUUUAUUUUCUAGGAUAAUUAUCUUGGGAAGAAGAAGAAGAAAAAAAGAAGAAAAUACAAGGUUUAUAUCAGUCAGACCCUGACUGCGUAUAAAUACGAAGAUAACGAUAACGACGAUAUUAAUAUGACUAUAGUAUUUAUCUUAGACCUCCAGGUUAAUUUCUAGCUAGUGCAGAAAUCCUCUGCUAGCUCUCCAGAACCUUCUGUGUGUGGUGAAGAUUAAAAAACAAAACAAAAAAGUAACCUGCAGUCCUGCAUGACACUGAAAGAGAGAAAGACAGAGAGAUAGAAAGAGAGAGGGGGGAAAAGGGAAUAUUGGAGAUUGGAAAGUCGUUUUAGAAAGACAACGAAAGAGCUAGUGUGUGUCUGCGGAAUAGGGUUUGCAGGGGUGCGAGUGUGUGCGUGCAUGCGUCUGUGUGUGCAUGUGUGCGAGCAUGAACAACCAGAGAAAGAGAGAGAGAGCUGUGUGUGUGUGAGUGUGUGUGUGAGUGUGUGCUGAGACGGCAUGGCAUUUCUCAUAAAGCAUUAUUCUAAUAUGCAAUAUGACGGGAGAAAUGGAGAAGAUAAAAAGAAGAGAUUCAGGCAGUUCGCAAUGAGAUUAUGGUUUGGUUUUCUUUUCUUUUUUUUUUUCUCUUUCUUUUUUUUUCUGUUCCCCAGAAGUCUGUGUGCCUCUGGCCAAAGUGAGAGAAAUGGAAACAAAAAAAAACGAUCUGGAGAGAAAUAAAACUUCACCGAUGUUGAGACCCUUGUGCGUCUGAGUUUGCAUUUAUUCUUGCAAAGCGACCAUGCGAUUGCAGAGCAAGCGAGACUCGUCAAAGUUAUACGUUUUUUCAUUUGUGUCUUUGGUGACCGGUUUGUCUUGACUUGGAGACUCCUUCCAUGAACGUUAACUACGUCACCUUACCGAAAGAAAAACCCUUACCGAAUCAACGAUUACUCUGAUUACGUAUUCUCAUUAUUAUACGUGAAAUUUUGUAAUCAGCUGAUGUUUAUUAUUCCAGAAAAUUCUAUUAGAACUGAGACAACUAUCCAAAGUGUCCUGUGGACUUUUUUAAUUUCCCUUACUCUAGUUCUUGGUAGUGCGAUGUGAACUUUAGGUGUGGACCAAUAGAUGGCGUAGAAUACACUUCUUGGAUGGUGUAUCCACACCAAUAGAUGGCGUAGAAUAGACUUCUUGGAUGGUGUAUCCACACCAAUAGAUGGCGUAGAAUAGACUUCUUGGAUGGCGUAUCCACACCAAUAGAUGGCGUAGACACUGGGCUGUAGAAGCGAUGGUUAACAACAAGACAGACAGGUUAUGUUUUAUGGGGUACACUUUUAUUGAUUCACAAUUUGACUGAUUUGACUUUUUACAACCAAAGUUCAAAUUGAGGCGAAACUGAGACGCUAGGCAUUUUUGCACCAGCGCCAGGAAUCUGAUCCCAAGAUGACAGCAGAGACGAACCGGAUGUCAAAAAAGAAAGAAAGAAAGAAGCGGGUAAAGAAGAGCAAAAGGAGAAAA